AUGUCGACUAACUCCUCCGAAAGAACCAUCACCACCGCUCCUGCCGGUGCUCCACCGUCGGUCAACACUCUCACGGCAGCGCACCACUUUGUUUCCACUCGGCUCACCAUGCGGAACUACUUAUUCUGGCGCACUCAGGUAGUUCCGUUCUUACGUGGGCAGGGGCUGCUUGGUUUUGUCGAUGGCUCCAAGCCGUGUCCGGCUGCCACCAUUGCCGUCACUCCCGAGUCAGGUUCCUCCACCGUGACGGCGGCAACCACUGCACCGAACCCCGCCUACGAGGCGUGGAUACAACAGGAUCAGGCCAUCCUAUCCACGAUCAUCUCGUCACUAUCCGACAAGGUGAUGCAUCUUGCUGUUGGACGUGAGACCUCGCGCGAGGUUUGGGAUUCCCUUGCGUCUACGCUGGCUUCCACUACGAGAGCACGGUGCCUGAGCCUACUGGGGCAAUUUCAGACUCUACGCCAAGGCCCAGGAUCACCGGCCGACUACCUCGGACGCUGCAAGAUGAUUGCAGAGGCCCUCUCACUUGCCGGUCGACCGCUGUCCGACGAAGAGCAAAUUUUGUAUGUCCUCCGCGGCCUACGUCCAGAGUUCCGCACAAUGGUGAAUUCGCUCACUGCCACCGGCGCAUCCGUCACCUUGACGCAGCUCUCCGAUUUCCUCCAAGCCCAGGAGUUCAUCCAUGAGGAUGAUUUUGCAGUGGGCGAGUCAGCUGGUGGUGGAGGAUCGCCGGCUGCCUUCUACGCUGGGCGUGGUAGACACGGCGACCAGCAGCACGGAAACCGUGGCGGUCGAGGACGGCAGAACCGCGGUGGCCGGAAUGGGCAGAACGGCGGACGGCAGGGCCGUGGUGGUGGACCUCGCUUCCAGAUAUGCAGGUCCCAUGGCCAUACUGCGCUUUACUGUUACAAGCGCUACGCAGAUCGCCCGGCCGGUCAUGCGAAUGUGGCUGUCUCUGGCGAGUCCGCGGUUCAUGGUGCAGAUGCUUGGUAUCCCGACACUGGAGCCUCAUCGCAUGCCACUCCGGACGAGCAAAUGUUGAAUCAUUCUGAGACAUAUACCGGCGGGGAUGUGCUCAAAAUUGGCAACGGUACAGGUUUGGACGUUUCUCGUAUUGGACACACGGUUAUCCAUUCUAAUUCUAAUUCUAAAUCCUUGUCUAUGUCAAAUAUUCUCUGCGUUCCUAAUUUAACGUUACCGUUAUUAUCCGUGUAUCGUUUUACAAAUGAAAACGAUGUUUACUUUGAGUUUCACAAAAAUCUGUUUUAUGUGAAGGAUUGCAAAACUCAGGUGGUUCUUCUUAAAGGGUCUACCUCGGGAGGAGUGUACAAGUUAUUGGUUCCCAAUCAUCACCUUGUGCUUUCCUGUCUGCGCGUGCGUCCACCGAAGUCUGGCACCAACGCCUUGGUCAUCCCCACAAUCAAGCCUUGCAAAGAGUCCUAA